CGGAACAUACGCUCAUCGCAUGCUAUGAUAUAUAACAACUGAAAAUGGCUGCAACCAACAGUUGUUACUCGUUCACCAUGUACAGCUACAGUACAUUUUUGCUGUUAUCAGUUCUCGCUGUUUUCUCAGGGUCAAACUGCUUCGUGCAACAUGUCGGUCCAUGCCCGUGUAAGGACCCGACACAUUGUAACUUCAUCACUAAAACGCCAGAGAAAGAGCUUUUCGUAUUUCAAGCAUCAGAUCAAUACUGGACGGAUUAUGAUUGGUCUUACAUAACAACAGUGGCAACGUUUACUCCGUAUAACCCGGAAGUAAUGUGCACUGCUCACUCUAAGGGGGCAAGACUUGUUAUGGCCGAGGACUACCCGGGUAACCAACUUUCCAACGCGACAUAUCGUAGCGCCUGGGUGAAGCAAAAGGUCGAGUUGGCCACGAAACAACACAUGGAUGGCAUCAACAUUGACUUUGAGAGUGUCCUAAGUCUAAAGAACUCACAUCUGUUAAUUGCGCUGGUGAAUGAAACAGCCCACGCAUUCCGUGCUGCCAACCCCCAUACACAGAUAACGUUCGACGUCCCAUACGGCCCAGGAUGCACCUGGAGCCGUUGCUACGACUACAAAAAGUUGGCUGCCAUUUGUGAUUUUUUGGUGAUCAUGGACUACGACAUGGUUGGAGGUUUCCCGUAUGCUGUUUCCAAUGACGGGCUCAAGCUUGUUAGACUUGGCAUAGAGUCUUUCCAAGCGGAUGGCAUUCCCAACAACAAAUUGGUUACUGCAGUACCAUGGUAUGGCUACGACUUCACCUGCACCCAUCUCCUACAGGACAACAUCUGUUCCUUUAUUGGUCAACAAGAUGGCGUCAAGACAAAGAAUGGUGUGCAGAUGUACGGGAAGGGCGUUCAGAGGCAGUAUAAACUUAUUACACAGCUACUGAAGAAUUCUACGACUGGUCGGAUCUUCAAUGAAACGCUGGGGUCGCCCUUCUUCAAUUAUGUGGAUCCUACUACGGGUGGCAUUCGCCAAUUGUGGUACGACGACCCAGAAAGCCUAAUGAUUCGAUACAGCUACGCCAAGUCUAACCAGCUCCGUGGUGUGUCGAUGUGGAAUGCUGAUUUUUUGGAUUAUACUGGUGACCCAGUCGGAAGAGCACUCACAAAAGCAAUGUGGGAUGCAAUCAACAGUUUCUUCCUAUAAAACCAUUUUGGGUUAAUAUUGUUUUUGUUGUGUGUACCAAAGAAAAUAAACGUGAAAACGUGCACCCUCUAAUCUUGGGAUACAACUUCGAGUCCUACUCAAAUUUGUGCUAAGAGCACUAUAUCGCAACCUUGUAUUCAUACCAUGGUUCCGAUGUGUUUUACAGUCAAUUUAUUUGUGUUCACCUCCAAUAAAGACUACAUACCGUAGUGUUUGAACAACUUGA